GACCUACCGCGCCUAUAAAAAAGACCUGCUAACGUUACGACGUAAGAUAUUUGCAUAGAAGAGAAGUUGUGCGAACGCCUUUUACAAUAUCUUUACAGACGCUAAGUAGUAGCAUAGCCCGGGGAAAGUUAGCUGCUGGUCCAGUGAGGGUGGACUUGGACGUUGUAUUAGAUGUUUAUUAAUUUGAAUUAAGACGCAAAGAGCGACUUCCGUGUCUGUGUUGUGCUGACGUCACCGGGAGAUGGAUUCAUUGGGAGACGUUGGCAUUUUUCUCGGGUGUCUGGCGGGACUUGCGUUGGGAGGCUUUGUGUUUGCAGCUUAUAAACUUGGUUUACUAUAUCAGCUGCUUCACAAGACUGAAACCAAGAGUCCAAGGCAUGGUGGGGAGAGUGUUGCAGAGGUACUCCGUGGCCACGGGGUCAAGUACGUGUUCACGUUGGUCGGUGGACACAUCUCACCAAUCCUGGUGGCUUGUGAGAAGCUGGGUAUCCACAUUGUGGACACCAGACACGAGGCCACUGCUGUCUUUGCUGCCGAUGCAGUGGCAAGGCUCUCAGGCACUGUUGGUGUGGCUGCAGUGACUGCAGGGCCGGGCCUCACUAAUACAGUGACAGCAGUGAAAAAUGCCCAGAUGGCUGAGUCUCCACUACUCCUUAUGGGCGGAGCUGCUGGGACACUUCUUCAGGGCAGAGGAGCACUGCAAGACAUUGACCAGAUGUCCCUCUUCAAGCCGCUGUGCAAGUUCUGUGCCUCCAUCAGGACUGUGAGGGAGAUUGUACCUACGGUCCGCAAGGCACUUGCUAUCGCCCAGUCUGGAACCCCUGGUCCUGUUUUCAUAGAGUUUCCUAUUGACACCCUCUACCCAUUCCACUUGGUGGCCAAAGAGUUUGGGGUGAAAAAUCCUCCUAAGGGCGUAAUUGGGAAAAUUUUAUCUUGGUAUCUCCAAAACCACCUUAUGAACUUGUUUGCUGGAGCCUGGGAGACCAGAGAUGUGUCUCCACUACCCAUUGACAUCCCACAAGCCACAGAUGAUCAGGUACAAAAGUGUAUUGAGCUUGUGAGUCGUGCCAAGAAACCUGUUAUCGUGAUGGGUAGUCAAGCAACACUACCACCAACCCAAGUAGAUGAUAUCAGGAAGGCCUUGGAGUCGCUAGGUAUACCCUGCUUCCUUGGGGGCAUGUCCCGUGGCCUGCUGGGUAAAGAUAGUCCUAUCCACAUCAGACAGAACAGACGAGAUGCCCUGAUGGAGGCCGACUUGGUGCUACUCGCAGGCACUGUUUGUGAUUUCCGUCUGAGCUACGGCAGAGUCCUGAACCGACGCAGCAAAAUCAUCACCAUCAACAGAGAUAAGACACAACUGCUGAAAAACUCUGAUAUGUUCUGGAAGCCAACCAUAGCAAUUCAGGGUGAUGCUGGUUCAUUCUUACUACGGCUUUCCAAAGGCCUGAAGGGCCAUAGAUGCCCAGAGGAAUGGCCUCAGAGCCUCAAAGCAGGAGAUAUCAGCAAAGAGAAAGCCAACAGGUCUAAAGCAGAUGAGAAAACAGACCACCACUUAAAUCCUUUGAAAGUUCUUAACUGUGUGGAUGAGCUGAUGGCAGAAGACAGCAUCAUCGUUGCCGAUGGGGGUGAUUUUGUGGGCACUGCGGCUUACAUUAUGAGGCCAAGGGGACCACUAGGCUGGCUGGACCCAGGUGCCUUUGGGACCCUGGGAGUUGGAGGAGGAUUUGCACUGGGGGCAAAGCUAUGCCGUCCUGAAUCAGAGGUAUGGAUUGUCUAUGGAGAUGGCUCUUUGGGAUACAGUGUUGCAGAGUUUGACACAUUCACCAGACACAAGACACCAGUUAUAGCCGUAGUGGGCAAUGAUGCUUGUUGGAGUCAGAUCUCCAGAGAGCAGGUGCCCAUCCUUGGCAGCAAUGUUGCAUGUGGCCUUGCAUUUACAGAUUACCAUGUAGUUGCUGAUGGUUACGGCGGUAAGGGUUACCUUGUGGGUCGUGAGAAUGAGGACAGGCUAAAAGAAAUCAUCAAACAAGCGCAGAAGGAGAGCCAGGAGGGCAAGGCCAUCCUCCUUAACGUUCUGAUUGGGAAGACUAACUUCAGAGAAGGCUCAGUUUCUGUAUAGAACAGGCAACGACUGUCUUUUGAUUAUUAUUUCUCUUAAUUUUUAAUUGUCCAUUCUCUUUCCUUUUAUUUUCAGGUUUUCUUUGGUUUACCUUAGUGAUUUGUGUCGUUGAUGUCAAGGGAGGGUAACUAUAAAAGGAUUUGAGAUUAUUUGAAUCACAACCUGGCCCUGACCUGAGCCUUGCUCAUCAUGUGUGCCCUUAAAGCAAUAGAGGUUUUCAUUUUGUUUGCAUGAUUCUCCCCUUAUUCAGUUCUCUAACAGUCAACUAUCAAUGAAACCUCUAUUUCACUUCCAUGUGCUUUCAUCAUUUUCACCAAGGCGCAAAUAAUACACUUUACAACCUGCAAUUGACAUAAUUACAUAGAGGCUACUGUUCUAUUCCAACAGGUAACGUUAUAGUAAUGUGAGAUCUUGUAUUGACACCAAAGGCAGCUAAUGCUGAAAGGUGACUGUUCAUAAUCCUAUAGUUAGGUGUGCACGACUUGGAACAAAAUUAAAAAGUCUUCUAAAUAAAGUAAACUAUAGCUUUAGAUCUGCAAGACUAGAAACCUCAAAGCUUUUCACCGUAUGCUGUGAAACCGUACCACUACUGCAUUUCUGGAAGGGAAGUAGAGAAAGGAAAAGGAAACUCUUCUCAGAUUUAAACUAUUCAACAAGUUUCCUUUUCCCUUUUAAGCAGCUUCUUAAAACAGGGGUUUCUUUCUUAGGCACAAUUAAUGUAAAUUAAGGAGAUAAUGGAACUUCUUUGUAGGAUUGGUUUUACUGCAGCGAAAACUUAAUCACUAUGCAUUUGUUUUGCUGUAAGGAAGUAGACAUGAUGCAUUUCUGUCAUGAUAGUCUCGUGAAAUAAACAUCACAGCUGUAAUAUUUCAUUAUGCAUGGAAUAUUAAAUGAAAUAUUUGGUAAGCCUCAACCACAUAGAACUGUUGCUUUCAGCCAUGCUACAAAGAAAAAACUAAUUCACACUUGCCAGUCAAGUAAAACUUUCAAUAUAUUGCACUUCUUAAAACCAUUGCUCACAAUACAGUUUAGUUUAUUUCCUCACACCAACUACUUCUGCAAUGAAUGAAAUAGAAAAAGUACCAGAACAAAUAACAAAAGCUGAAUGCUGACAUUUGUCAGUUUAGACCUAUAAAAAGUUAAACAGAACUUCUAAAUCAGCAUAUUAUCUGGCCAUUUGAGACUGAACUCGUACCUAGCCCUUCAUUAACACUCAUCUUAACCUCCACCAGGAGCCCAAAGCUUUACCGCUAGUAGUCAGCUGGCAACCUUUCAAAGAUCUAGCAUCCUUUGACUUUGUGCUUUGACCCAAAAGUAAAAACUGGAGACUUGAUUGAUUACUUAUAUGUCUAUUUCAUUUUCUGAAAGAAUUCAAUGAUGUAAUGUCAGACUGACAAAAUUAAUGCCUUUUAUUGUUGACUGUACAUUGAAAUAGUUCGUUAAAGAAUAUUUGUUGAUUCAGUUGUGUUGCAGUGGUGUGGGCUAUGAAUUGAAAAACAGGGUAUAGAAUGCACUAUAACUUAUUUAGCCACCAGAUUGUUAAACAUGAGACUAUAUGGAUUGCCACAUGUAAAAACAAAACAAAAAUAUUUUUAUUUGGUAUUUUGCUAAAACUUGAAUACCAAAAGCAUUUCCAUUCACUUUUGACUCCAUCACAAAUAAAUUCUGAAAAAAUAACUCAACACUGUAUGGGAUUUUGUAUAUUAACAAAGUCGAGUCAUCAAUAUGUCUCCAUAUUAUACUAUGUUUAAAGCAUAUGUAUGUAAAAAUUAAAACAACACAAUGUGCAAAAAGUUAAACUUUUUAAAU